AUGUUCAAAUACUUCGCUGUCGUUUUCAUGGCCCUCUUCGCCUGCGCUGCUGCCGAACCUAAACCCAGUGUCAUCGCCGCGCCAUUGGCUUACUCCGCCCCAUUGGUCGCCUCGCCCUACGCUGCCGCCUAUGCCGCCCCCUACGCUGCUUACGCCGCUGCUCCUUAUGCCGCCUACGCUUCACCAUACGCUGCCUACUCUGCUUACCCAUACAGCGCCGCCUACUUGUUACGCAAGUAAAUGGAAUACAUAUACACAUUUUAAUAUGUGCACAUAUAUAGUUAGUUGACGAUGAUGAAAAGUGUUUGGACGAAAUUCUGUGGAAAAUUUAAGAAAAAAUAAAACAAAAAGUAA